UAAUGUCUCAAAUGUUUUUUAUAAAAAAGGUUUUAGUUCAGUGAGGGGAAGACAAAGGUGAGAGGGUGCGUGUACGAGAGUUGAGGAACGCCGAGCCGCAGGAAAGAAAAAAAACAACUCCCCCCAGCAGCGCCCCUUGCGGCUCUGCUCGGGAGUUCUGCGUCCCGUUGGCGUGCGGGGCGGACGUGCACGCACGCGAGCAACAGAUCCCGGGGCGCAUGCGCAGUCCAUUGUUUUGACUGAAAAUGCCGUCGGUUUCGAAAACGGCGGCCAACGCGUCUCCCCAGACCGAGAAGCCUUCGCACUAUACAUACUUGAAAGAGUUCCGGACGGAGCAGUGCCCCUUGUUCCUCCAGCACAAGUGCACGCAGCACCGACCCUUCACGUGCUUUCACUGGCAUUUUCUCAACCAGCGGCGGAGGCGACCCAUCCGGAGGAGAGACGGGACGUUCAACUACAGCCCCGACGUGUACUGCACCAAAUACGACGAGACCACAGGCAUCUGUCCGGAUGGAGACGACUGUCCUUAUUUACACCGGACCACUGGUGACACAGAGCGCAAGUACCAUCUACGCUAUUACAAGACAGGCACUUGUAUCCAUGAGACAGAUGCUCGGGGGCACUGUGUGAAGAAUGGCCUCCACUGUGCUUUCGCUCACGGGCCACAUGAUCUCCGACCUCCAGUCUAUGAUAUCAGGGAGAUUCAAGCACAAGAAGCCCUUCAAAAUGGACAGUUGGGAUCCGGGGAAGGUAUUCCUGAUUUGCAGCCUGGUGUAUUAGCCAGCCAAGCUAUGAUUGAGAAAACUCUGACCGAAGACCCUCGGUGGCAAGAUACCAACUUUGUUUUAGCCAAUUACAAAACAGAUCAGUGUACUAAGCCCCCAAGACUAUGCAGACAAGGCUAUGCUUGCCCCCACUACCACAACAGUAGAGAUCGAAGACGAAAUCCACGAAAGUUCAAAUAUAGGUCAACCCCUUGCCCAAACGUGAAACAUGGUGAUGAAUGGGGAGAGCCCUCAAAGUGUGACAGUGGAGACAGUUGUCAGUAUUGUCACUCUCGCACAGAACAGCAAUUUCACCCUGAGAUCUACAAAUCUACCAAAUGCAAUGAUAUGCGACAAACUGGAUACUGUCCCCGGGGACCAUUUUGUGCAUUUGCACAUGUAGAAAGAAUUCCCUCCACAGAGGAGACCAUGAGUUCAUUGCUAACAGCGAUACAGUCGGGUUCACAGUCCCAGCUGGGUUCGCAGCAGUAUUCAGAGUGUCCAAUCAGUGAGUGGAACAGUGGAGGAAACUCCACCACCAGCGCAACCAGUAGCAACGGACAACUAGGAAGUGUUUCAUGUUCUAAUAGCUCAACUGUAAAGCCAGGCUCAGGAAGCGACAGUUUGAUAUCCCCAGUGGGAUCCUUCAGCAGGCCCAAAUCCUUCACUAAUAGUAGUUUAUGCUCAGAGUCCACCACAUCCAGUGUCUCAUCUCUGACGUCUAACUAUCCCAGAGCUCCGGGCUUUGAACGUGAGGAUCAGAUUAAGAACAAGGGGCAGAUGGAUCAAAGAUUCCUGGACCAAGAAAAACAGAUACAGAACACUGUAUUCUCUGCGGUAAACCCUUUGGCAUCGAGCUUUACCUCCAGUAUAACAUCCAGCCUGGCCUCUAGUAUUGGAUCAGACAGUUCUUCACCCACCACCUUAUCAACAAUGAAUGCAAAAGCCACUCCUUUCUACCCAGGGAGCAACACGGUGGAGUCUGUCAUAGGAUCUGCUCUCGACCUCAAUUUUUGUGACAUCAAUGUUGCAUCUCUUGAUAAGGAGUUUGAGGAGCAAGACCACAGUAUUGGGUUGGCAAGUCACAGAAUGCUCGUUGGUUCAGCUCCCGUUAACAUUCCCGGCUCGCUGGCUCGAUCGUCCUCUUUCAAUUCCUCGUCAUCGCUCUCCACCUCCCCGAUGAGCUCCCUCUCCCAGUCCCUAUCUCAGUCCCUCCUGUCAGCUGCAGUGUCACAGCACAAUCAACCUUCCAACAUGUUAGCCAAACAAGAGCUUGGCCUCCUGGGAACACCCACCUCCUCCUCCCAGAACUCUUUGGGCUUAAAUGGAGGAGCUAGCAACAUUUGGGACUUCGUCAGUGGCAGCUUUUCGCCGAGUCCGUCUCCAGUUUUCAGCAGCCUCCCCUCCAUAACCAGCGGCGCUGAUCUGGCCCGCCUUUUCAGAGAUCUAGACGAGGCCAAGAGGAAGAUCAAACAAUGGGAGGAGGCCUGGGUGCAGGUCAAACAAGCCUGUGAGGCGUGUCAGACAGAAGCUCGCGAAGCAAAGGAACAAGCGAAGACGGCCGAGGCAGAGCGGCAGAUGUCAGAACAGAAAUGGGAGGAAACCGAGUGCAAGUUGAAAGAACUCCACAGGGACUUUGACGUGCUCUGUCGCACCCCGGGAACACCUCUUCUGCGUAGCUACGGAGAGCUGGACAAGCUCUCCUUGUCAAAGCUUCACUCCAUCCAGACUCAGCUGCGUAAUGACCUAGACCUUAUAGACGGGGUUAUAUAUCAGCUUCAGUCAAAGAAAUGUAUAGUUUGCCAAAAGCAUGAUCGUUGCAUUGUUCUGCAGCCUUGCCAACAUUAUGUGCUAUGUGAGAACUGUGCACCUAGUAAAACAGAAUGUCCCUACUGUAGAACAAAGAUAUUGAAGUGGUGAUGUAUAAUAACAUAAGGUACUAUUUAAAGAAUUAGCCCUUUUGAAAAACUACUAAUAGAUAUUAAGUACACUUUCUAAAUAGUUAUGUCUGUUUCAUACAGUGAUCAAUUAAUUUGGAACAAAAUUAUGUUUUAAUGACAAAACAAAUGGAAUUAGAAGUCAGAUUAUGUCCAGGGACUUCAAUCAUUGCACCUUUUGCUCAUUUUAUGUGACAACCAGACAGCAUGCACUCAAUUUAAAGGGCCCUUUCUUAAUUCUUCAGUCAUGAUUCUGACUUUUGAGAGGACAUAAAUCUCAAAUCAUAUAUAAUUUGCUUCGUAUUGUGCUAUAAAGAUAUUUAGGGCAAACAGAGGGCAGUCGCAGACCUCCAUUCAAAAUUACAAAUACAUAAAAUGCCAUCAGGACCAAUAAACGUAAAAGUUGAAUACACAAAGGCAAUAAUGAGUGACCACAUGUCUCGCUUUUAAUCGAUCAUUAAUGCACUUAAGAACUUUUACAGAAAAUCCUGUGGAAAUGUGUAUGAAACCAAUAAAAGGUUUCAGUAAUUAUGUACUUGUGUAUGUGAAGGAAGGAAAACAUGUGAAAUGGAUAUAGCAGAGUUUGCUGGACAAAUUAUAAUUCAGUCUGGAUCUAAAAAAAAAACAAUCACUAAAACCAUAAUAAGUAGUGCUGUUUCAGUUUGGGACGCUCAAAUGCAAGGAAAUCGUUAGUUCACUUGCUAACUACUGUGGUGAUGUUUAUCAUAAAAUGAGCAAAAACUCAGAGCUAAUUUUUUUUCUUUAAUUAAAGAGGAAUGUGACUCAUACUCAAUUCAGAAACCGUAUAUUUUUAUAGUCCAAUUUGCCUUGCAUUAUAAGAAAACAAUUUGUAUUUGCACCAUUUCUUGAGCAGGGAGCUUCUAGAACCGGUAAUUGUGAAAUAGGGCAUUGAUCAAGGUCAUUGUAUCAGAGAGCACAAGUUUAAACGCUCAAUGCUCUAGGGAAUUAGCUCACUUAUAUUCUUGUAUUCAAUGUACUCUUUGUCCAACAAUAUAGACCUAAUUUGCAGAUUUGUAAAAUGUUAUUAGUGUUGAACAAAUACCUGUCUAUAAAUCGGCGUCAGUAAAUCAAACGAAGGAAACAACUAAACCUGGGUGUUGUAACUUUGCAGUAUUCCUCUUUAAGUAAAGCCACGUUUUGUUAAACCCCCAAUUUUUCCUUUAACACUUAAUGCAACAGUCAAGAAUCCUUUUUUUGACCAACUUUUCUGAAGAAGUUUGAUUUCUUAUUAAAGCACUUUGUUGACCUGGGACAUUUAUUAAAGGGUAUGUAGAAUUUUUGCUUUAAGCUGCUUUGUAGGUAUUCUUUGUAUUCUUUCUUUUUUUCAGUUUUAUACGUUUUUUCUAUAUAAGCUAAUGUCUGAAGCAAUGUCUGUGUGUACUGUGAAACAUAACUUUAAUAUUUAAUGUUUCCUAUUGUUAAAUCAUGGCAUGGUUCUACAUAUUAAGAUUUCAUAGAAAAAAGUACUUAAAUAGUUUCUACUUUCAUAGUUAGAUUUAUAAAAUUUCAAUCAAAUAAGUGCAAAUUUAAAAUGCAUUUUAGGCAUAACCAGCAGCUCUAAUAUCAGUAAGGCACAUGCUCCAUGUUAAGGCUGUUAUUCAAUCAGUUAGUUUUGUUUUGUAGAGAUUUAUAUAGCCUGGCCACUAGAGAAGCAUGUAUUGUAUUUGCUUAAAUCCUGAAAUGGUGAUUUCUUUUUUUAGUAGGAAUCUAGCCUCUUGACUUUGUCUAGAACAUAUCGGCCUCUAACUCUAAAGUGCCUUGCCUUAGUUGAAAAGGAUGUGUAUAGAGUUUUCAAAGCAAACGCAACUAGUUGAAGCUUGUGCGAAGGUUUCUACAAAAUGUGUCUUGUUUAACUUAGCAGAAGUGUUGACAUGUGUGUAUAUGUAUAUAUAUAUACACGCACACACACAUAUAUAUUUAUACAAUAUAUAAAUAUAUAUCCAAAUAUGCCAGUGUAAUUGUCAAUUCCCAUCAAGUAUUUCUGCAGAAGAUAAUUGAAAACAAAUGUAGUCAGUGCCUGUGUCCUGACUUCACCCUUAGAGAUCAAACUCCCCUCUAUCGUCCGACCACCCACACACUCAUUCCUCAGUCGUGGUGCUCUUUCGGUGCAGCUUCAUUCUUUGGAAAUUAGGUUUUAACGUUUGGGGGUAUGCAAACAUAGAACAUGUGGAUUUGUAUAUCAACAUAUAUAUAAAAGAAGCUUUUUAAACAGUUAGGUAACUUUAGUUAGUUUAAUUGUAAUAUUUCUGCAGCGAAUGAAGUAUUCUGUAGUCAACUUGUCAGUUAGAUUUUUGCUUAGGAUUCAUGCUUAGGUUCCUCUAAUUGAAAUGACCUUCUACUGUGUUUAAAAAAAAAUCUUUUUAUUCUUGCUUUAAAUUCAAUAGAGAAACAUUUAUUUCCAGGUACACCUUUUGCUACUUAGAAAAAUAUGGGAUAAUGCAUUGUUUACAUCCACAUAAAUGACAAUUAAGCAACUCAGAGGAAAAAUAUCAAGAAAGUUUAUGAUAUUUCAGCAUUUUCAUUAUAAUAGUUCAGCAUAAAAGGCAGGCUAAACACUUCUGGUAUUGCAUGUUAUGCGAUAUAUUAACCAGCUACAAAAAAAGAAAAAGAAGUUUGUACUGUGUCACUGCCAGAAUAUUUGUAUUGACUUAUUUUUUGUGUAGUAAAGGCUUAAUAACUUCUGCAAGCUUCGCUGCUACUGGAAAAUGUAUCAAUGUAACUUCUAGUGACACAUUUAGAUGUUUGAAUGUUAUUGUGCAUCCACAGGUCAGAUUUCAGAAAUAUGAAAUAAUCUGUCUACUGCAUUUAACUUGACUUAUCCUUUAUUUGAUUGAAUUGUUCAUUUGUAAAUUCCAUUUAAAUCAAAGUUUCAGUACUUUUGUAAAUGACAUGUCACAGACUGAUGUCAAAGACCUCUACUACUGUAGAUUGCCCCCUUUUUUUCUUUCAUUUGUUUGAAAGUUGGUGCAUUUUUGUGAGAUAUUCUAAAGAGAAAAAUUACCCUUGAACAGCAUUCAAAAUAGUAGCUAAGGUAUUAGAAAGAUCUUAAUGAUGUUAUGCAGAUGAAAACAAGAAAAAGUCCAGUAAUUCGUUUGGCAGGAAUUCUGUUUUAGAUUGAUUUUUACUUUAAUAUUUCAGUCAGUAUGACAUAAUAUCCUCUUGGACUAUGGCAAUGGGUUUUUCUUCUAACAUUAAUGGACUCAAGCCCAAUUUUUGCAGUUUUACCAAAGACCUGUACUUUCAUUAUUUCUUUUGUACUACAUUUCAUCAUUACUUUUAUUUCAGUUAGAAACCUAAAAUUGUAUUUUGUUCUCUUUUUAAUAAGUGAUCACCUAGUACCUUAAAUGGAUAUGUGGUUCAUUAACAGUAAUUAAUGGCGUCUUUUUUUCUCUCUAAAGUUAGCCAUAGUGUGUUGAUACACAUUAGAACAAAAAUGCAUGGGUCAGAUCCUCACAAAAUCUCUUUUUUUCAUUUGAGUUUGUGUUAGGUAUACUUUGACAUUUAUGGCAGAUAUGUGCAAUCGUGGCUCGCACAUGCUGACCUUAACCAGGAUCCUGUGUCGGUUUAACCUUUGAAGGAAUGUCAAAGGUGAAUGACAUUUCUGCUUCUGAAGUGGCCAUACAAACUUCACAACAGUACUGUUUUGAAGUUCAUUUUGUUUGUUGACUUCGCUUAAGUAGAUGAUCUCGAUCACUUUUGGAAAUUGGACAUUUAUGCAUUAUAUGCUGUUAUGAUGGGCCUGACUGUAAGGUGCUUUCUUUUUAGCUGACCCUUUGUUCUCCAUUUCUGAAAGAAGUGGUCCAAAAUAUCUAUUUUCUUGUGGCAAGAAUCAAUGGCAGAUACAGACAUAAUUUAAACUCAGUUGUUAUGAUGGUAACUUGUUUUCUAGCCCUUUAUCUCUAGUGGUCUACUUACCCUAAUUCAAGUUUUCUAAAAAAAAACAUUGGUAAGCACAGCUUACAUUUCUGUCCAUAUUUCAGAUUCGUUAAAUUUAUGUCUAACGGACCAAUUACACUUUGAAGUACAUCUGUGCCUUUUUAAUAAUUACACAAUGUUGUUUGGUAUCAAAAUAAUAUAUCUGAGGCAUUCAAUAUAAAUGUGUUGAAUUAGAAUCAAAAUUCCAGUGCCUUACAACAUUUUGUGGACCACAAUGUGAUGCUAAGUGAUCUUUGGCAUUCGGGCCACUUUAAUUGACUGAUAAUUGUCUCUCUCAGUCUGUUUUUGCCAUACCAAUAAAACAAAUAAAAACCUUCUCACCGAAGUCACAGUUUUGAUCUCAAUUCGUUAAUUGGCCCCAAAAACUCAACUGUGAGGAAAAAGCACCAAAUAGGAAGAAUCUUGUAAAUGAACUGUAAAAGAUGUAUCAUUAUGCUCUGCAUUGGAAUAGUUUAAACUAUUUUGCAUUAUUGUUAGUUGUUGUGUCGUCUUUUUGAUUUUAAUAUAAUGAAAAUGGAGCCUAAAGAUUUAUGCAAUCUUGUACAUGUAUAUGAUUAUGAUGUAUGAACUGUUCAAAUUAAGUAAAAUACUAAAUGAUCUGAAUGUGGAACCAGCUGUUCCAUAAGCUUCAGCAAAUGUCAUUAGAAAUUUUAUUUUAACUUUUGAAGCCCUGAAAGAUUGAAUGUAAUGUUCUAAAUUAGAUAUUCAAUGAAUGGGUCACUGGAUAUUAUGGAGCGCAGUUAAAUCUUUAUGAUGUAGCAUCUAGUUGUGAACUGCUAUUCAAUAAAAUUUAUUAGAACUAAAACAGAUGCAAGUUUUCAAGUUUCUAUUUGUCAGCGUAAUGAGGAAAUAUAAGGACAGAAAUGUAUUUUUCUCAGGGUAAUACAGCGAUUGAAUAGAAAAUGUGUUAGAUCUGAGGAAACUGCAUUUCAUGGAUUUAUCAAUGUCAGUGAGUUUAGACAUUAUUUAUAGAUAGAUUAAGAAAUAACUCCCUUAUUUUGUGACAAGUUUAAUGGAUAUGUUGGAAAUUCUCUGAUAAUCAUCAACAUUAUUCUGUUGGUAUAUUGAUAUUCUUUUGUGUUGUGACACACAAAUUGGUGCAAGUCUUAGAAUACUAGAUUUUGUUUUCAUUUUCUACAUUGAGGAUUGUGUACUGCAUAAUUUCUGUAGUGUAUAACUAGUUUGUCAACCCUUGUUCACUUGUUACACUACAGUUAUGCAAUGGUUUACAGAGUUCACAGAAUUAUUUUUAUCAUCUUGAGAAUUAAAAUAAUUUUUCAUCCAAA